UUUCAGUUCAGGCAACGAGAGCUCGAAUGAAAUCGACGGAAUACUUCACAACGUCAUGCAACAGGUGGACGCUGAGAUCCGGCAGUGCGUGGAUCGAGGGAAACCACUGACAAGCAUUCUCUAUUCGCCCCCCGGGCGCGCCCGGAGGCACAGCCAGCCCUUCGCCGAGCGCACAGGGGCCGCGGCCAACGUUGGCAGGUCGCAGCAGCGACCGCGUCAGCUUCCUCGGGGCUGCUCCUCGCGCUGUCCUCCACCAGCGAGCGGCCUGCGCUGGCUGGACACGCCGCACGCCGUGAGCGUGACCCGGGGCAUGCGCGGCACCCAGCAGCUGACGCCCUUCGACGAUGGCCCGCGUGCGCCAGGCCUACCACCGGGCGCGCUGGAUGAACCGGGCGCUGCAGUUCCGCAUAGCACUGGACGUGAACGAUCCCGAAGUGCAACAGUCUCUGCAGGCAGUACAGCCUUUUGACUUCCAGGUGGGCGGCAGAGCGCCUCCGGUUCACAUCGCCGGCGUCGAUCCCGACAUCGACGAGGAAGCUGAGCUGCCCGACUUUCCUGAUGGGCAGUAAUGAGCGACGAGCUGUCGCUUGCCUCGUAAGCUAAAAUAUGCGUUGAUAGGCGCACGCACCGAAGAUUGGCACAGCGUUUCCGACAAUAGCUAUAUAGUUAUGCAGUUUGCGUUCCUUUUUUCCUGAUGUGCAUUCCC